CUUAUGCACUUCAGGCCCCAAAGAUGCCAGGAUAUGCAGAAUUUCUUCAGUCCGACGGGAAUUAUGUUGCGCCGGAGACUGUCAGAGAGGCGCGUAUAAGAAGAGGUGGGUUUCGUACUUUUGCGACUUUCGACAUCAGCACCAGCGGACACCAGCCAGUUUAGCAUCUGCUAUCAUCGCAUCAUCUCUCUGAGAUUCGUCGCAUCAACACCUUAAAUUCUCUAUAAGAUAGCUAUUCGCUCCCGUCUCAAGAACAUUUAUACGAAAUGGUCACCGUAGCAGUCAUCGGAGGGACAGGCUCUGUCGGCAAAACAAUCGUCGACGCUUUCCUAGCAGAAGGCACCCAUGAGGUCAUUGUAGUCUCUCGCAAGGUUCCGGAAGGCAAGAGCGCUGCCAAAGUCAUCGCGGUUAAUUACACCAACGUCGAAGAGCUCACCAAGACGCUUGAGGAAAACAAUAUCCAUACCGUCAUUUCAACCAUUGUCAUGUAUGAUCCUGAAGCUGCACAGGCAGAGAGGAGCUUCAUUGCAGCUGCAGACAAGUCCUCCUGUACCAAGCGCUUCGUAGUGAGUAACUGGGGCAAUGCUACGCCCGAGGAACCAUCUCUCCAGCUAGAACUCAACGGCCUUCGUGAGCCAAGUAUCGCCGCUGUUCGCAAGACCGGACUGGAAUGGACGCAGUUCUACGUCGGCCUCUUUCUAGACUACUACGGUAUGCCGCACGUACCCACCUACCUUACACCUCUCGUUGUGUUCGUGGACAUGGCGCACAAGACAGCAGCGCUCCCUGGUAACACGGGCGAUGAAACCGUAAGCUUCACGUACACGCAAGACCUGGCAAGAUUUGUAGUCGCAGCCAUGGGUUUGAAACAUUGGGAAGAAGCGCUGCAUUGCUACAGCGAGAACACCUCUUUGUCUCGCCUCGUGCAGUUAGCUGAAGAAUCCCGCGGUUCAAAGUUCACCGUGACUUUCGACCCUGUCGAGAAGCUUGCACGCGGCGAGAUUACCGAAUUGCCUACUCACCCACAUUUGUACCCGUACUUCCCCAAGCCGCUACUUGUCGGCCUCUUGGCCAAGUUCGGGCUAUGGGCUGUGAAUAGAAUCAUGUUUGUUCCACAUGAAGGAAGUCUGAAUGAGAAGUUUCCUGAGAUAAAGCCAAAGAGUGUGGAGGAAGUUGUUGGGUUCUGGAAAGGGAAAUGAGUUGUUCUUCUUCUGUGUUGCGAGAACGAGCGCAAAGUAUUGGGAUGAACGAGAUUCGGUUUUACGAUUCUAAUGUGAAAUUAGAUUGUAGCUAGACUAAUAGAAUUGGAGAACCCAGUAUGCUGAAAC